AUGGGUAUUAUAAAAAGAAUACUACUUUUACAAAUUGUUUUAGUUCUUGUGUUAUGUUGUCAUAGGAUAAGAUGUGAAGAAGUAAGUAGCAUAUCGAAUAAAGCAUCCGUUAAGGAUGAGGGGAAAAAUAAUAAUAGUAACAAGAGUAAUAAUAACAAUAAUAAUAACAAUAAUAAUAAUAAUAAUAACAAUAAUAAUAACAAUAAUAAUAAUAAUAAUAAUAAUAAUAAUAAUAAUAAUAAUAAUAAUAAUAAUAAUAAUAAUACCUCUGGUUUAAGUGUGAAAUCAGAAAAUUUUAAUAUGAUCAUAAAACCAGAAGGGGAAGAGCAAUCCCCUUUAAAUUCUUUAUCCGUUGAACAAAAAAAAGAUACACCUCAAAUUGAAGAGUUAAGAAAAAAGGAAGAAACUAAAGAUAAAAAAGUAUCCGAACAAGUAAAUAAUUUACAAUCGAAAAAUGAGAAAUUAACAAAUACGUUGGAUGAGGCUGUACAAGGAGAUAAUAAUAACAACACGCUAGAUACAACAACAAGAGAAACGAGUAGUACUACUAAUACAAACAAUAAUAAUAAUAAUGAUAAUAAUAUUUAUCUUGGUCAUAAUAAUAAUCUUGAUACUAAUAUAAUUCAACAAACAAACUUUAUAGAAAAUACGGAACAUAAUGUUCAAAAUCAAAACGAGAAAAAAGAAAACAACAAUACAUCUGGAAGCACAUCAAAAAGUUCAAACAAUCAGAAUUUAGGAGAUUCAAAAGAAGUCGAACAAGCAGUGGUUAAAGAAAUUACACCAAAGGAGGAGACUUCCAGUGGAGAAAAUAAAGAUAAGGAAAAAAUUUUAGCCAAUCUACAAAAUGAUGCAACAAAUAAAAAUAUGGUAAAUGAUAAUACAAAAGGUAUAAGUAGUAAUAAUACAAAAGGUAUAAGUAGUAAUAAUACAAAAGGUAUAAGUAGUGAUAAUACAAAAGGUAUAAGUAGUGAUAAUACAAAAGGUAUAAGUAGUGAUAAUACAAAAGAUAUAAGUAGUGAUAAUACAAAAGGUAUAAGUAGUGAUAAUACAAAAGGUAUAAGUAGUGAUAAUACAAAAGAUAUAAGUAGUGAUAAUAUGAACUCAAGUAAUGAUUUGAAUGCUCCUAAUAAGAUGAAUGAGGAUAGUAAAGGUAGUUCAGAAUAUGUGGAUCUGGCUAGCCAAAAGAUAUAUGAUGAAAUGAACAAAAAUGUAGAAGAAAGUGGUUCAAAUUUAUAUUUCCUUAAAUUAUUAUCGAUAGGUUCAUCUAUUUUUAUGCAGUUAAUAUUUUUACCUACAAUAUUUAAAAUAAUAAAGAAGAAAACAACAGGAGAGUUGGAUGGUUUCCCAUAUAUAAUAUUAUUAUUAUCUUCGUUUUUAUGGUUAGUUUAUGGUAUGUUAUUAAAUAAUUCAGCGAUUGUGUUUCCCAAUUUAGUUGGAUUGAUAUUAGGAAUAUUAUAUUGUGUAAUAUAUCACAAGAAUUGUAAAAACAUGUGGUUAAAGCAAAAGUUACAUUCUUAUUAUAAGAUAUGUGGAUUUAUAUGUUUCUUAUUAUAUGCAUUUUUAUAUAUAUUAUCAUAUGAACAAUAUGAAGUAUUUGUUGGAUUUGUAGCCUUCAUAUCGAGUAUAGUUAACUUCGGUGCUCCUUUAUCUUAUAUACAAAUAGUAAUAAAGAAGAAAAAUUCAUCUUUAAUACCUAUGGAAGUAACGAUGGGUAGUUUGUUAUGUUCCUUUUUAUGGUUAACAUAUGGUUUUACGUUAAAGGAUGGAUUUAUUAUAAUACCUAAUUUAUGUGGUUUUAUAUUAAGUCUCUUACAAGUACUAUUAAUCAUAUUAUAUUCUAAUAAAGAAAACACAACCUUUAAUCAUGACUCUGACACAACAGUUAGCGAAAUAUCCACAAGAAAAAAUCGUAAUAAAUAUAUCCCUGAUACAAAUAGUAAUAUGUUUUUUAAUGAAUAUAACGUGGAUGAAGAAAAUCGAAUGACUGAAAUAUCAACAACUAUGCCAAAUACAAUUUUUGAUUUGUCCUUUGACGAAACAUCACCCUUGACGGGUACCUUCAAUAUGGAUUACAGCCGUCCGGGUAUUUCUAAUCAGAAGUAUUUAAAACGUUCAGAGAGUUUGGAAAAGAAUACUGCAAUAACAUUUUAA